UUACAGCUCACUGACCAUUUGGCGAUCCAUUGAGCGGAGGGUUUGGAAAAGUGGCUCCUUUGUGACAGCUCUCGCCAGAUUGGGGGGCUGCUCAUUUGCAUCUCAUUAGCCAUGCGGGCGGCCGGCGGAAUAUAAGGGCGCGGCGCCGGCGAGAGCCAGACCCUCGGCGCGCACCCGCUGGACCCGGCGGCAGGGCGGAUCGCUGCGGAGCACCCGCCGCCGCGUGCAGAGCCUCCUCCCACGACCCGCCUCAGCUCCGCGCGUGUUUACUUGGAUGGCAUUGGCCGGGGGCUGACACGAAUCGGAACGACACGUAUUUCUGCGGUGGCACAGGAGAGACUAAGGGCCCAGGGUGUUCCUGGAGCCGAGUGACCCGACCCGGUCCGCGCACCGCCGGCCCUGGAUUAUCGCCGCGCCCGUGGAUUUCCAGACCGCGCCUUCUAACCGGACUCGGAGGAGCCUCUGCAGCAAUUUGGGAAUUAAGCUGAAUAUCUCUGGACGCUUUCUGCCCCCACCCCUCUUCCUGCGAAGAAGCUUAAGACAAAACCAGGAAGCAGACGACCCUUACCUACUCGUGGAUUGAAAGAAAGACGAGGAAAACCGAAAGUUGCCGCUCCAGGAGCACUCCCCGAGCGAGCCCGGUUCCUUGCAUCCCCAGAGCUGCCCUCAGCCGCCGAGAGGCGGAUCUAAAGAGCCUCGGCCUGGACAGAGCUGGGACGGACUCUGGAAGAAAGGAGCCCUGGGCGUCCCAGCCCCGGCAGAGCACGGCCUUCUUCUGCCCACGCUCCUUGGCGCACAUCCAUCCCGCUCGCGUCCCCUGCGGUUUCAAGCAGAGAAAAAGGGGAGACGCCGGGAGAGCGAGCGCGUCAAGCGGUGCACCAUGGGCCGCCGGUGCGCCCUGGCUCUCGCCGUGGUCUCGGCCCUGCUGUGCCAGGUCUGGAGCUCGGGGGUGUUCGAGCUGAAGCUGCAGGAGUUCGUCAACAAGAAGGGGCUGCUGGGGAACCGCAACUGCUGCCGCGGGGGCGCAGGGCCGCCGCCGUGCGCCUGCAGGACCUUCUUCCGCGUGUGCCUCAAGCACUACCAGGCCAGCGUGUCCCCCGAGCCGCCCUGCACCUACGGCAGCGCCGUCACGCCGGUGCUGGGCGUCGACUCCUUCAGCCUGCCCGACGGUGCGGGCGCCGACCCCGCCUUCAGCAACCCCAUCCGCUUCCCGUUGGGCUUCACCUGGCCGGGCACCUUCUCUCUGAUCAUCGAAGCUCUGCACACAGACUCUCCCGAUGACCUCGCAACAGAAAACCCGGAGAGACUCAUCAGCCGCCUGGCCACGCAGAGGCACCUGACGGUGGGUGAGGAGUGGUCUCAGGACCUGCACAGCAGCGGCCGCACAGACCUCAAGUAUUCCUACCGCUUCGUGUGUGACGAGCACUAUUAUGGGGAGGGCUGCUCCGUCUUCUGUCGCCCCCGAGAUGAUGCCUUCGGCCACUUCACCUGUGGGGAGAGAGGGGAGAAAGUCUGUAACCCUGGCUGGAGAGGCCAGUACUGCACGGAAGCAAUCUGCUUGCCAGGAUGUGAUGAACAGCAUGGGUUUUGUGACAAGCCAGGGGAAUGCAAGUGCAGAGUGGGCUGGCAGGGCCGGUACUGUGACCAGUGCAUUCGGUACCCAGGCUGUCUCCAUGGCACCUGCCAGCAGCCCUGGCAGUGCAACUGCCAGGAAGGCUGGGGGGGCCUUUUCUGCAACCAGGACCUGAACUAUUGCACGCACCACAAGCCCUGCAGGAAUGGGGCCACGUGCACCAAUACGGGCCAGGGCAGCUACACGUGCUCCUGUCGGCCUGGGUACACGGCCAACUGCGAAGCCGAGACUGACGAGUGCAGUGCCAGCCCCUGCAGGAACGGAGGGAGCUGCAUGGACCUUGAGAACAGCUACUCCUGCACCUGCCCACCUGGCUUCUACGGCAGGCUCUGCGAGCUGAGUGCCAUGGCGUGUGCAGAUGGCCCUUGCUUCAAUGGGGGGCGGUGCUCAGACAACCCUGAGGGCGGGUACACCUGCCGCUGCCUGGCAGGCUUCUCCGGCUUUAACUGCGAGAAGACAGUGGACUCCUGCAGCUCCUCUCCCUGCUCUCACGGUGCACAGUGUGUGGACCUGGGCGACACCUACCUGUGCCGCUGCCCAGCCGGCUUCUCGGGGAGGCAGUGCGAUGACAACAUGGAUGAGUGUGCGUCCUCCCCGUGUGCCAAUGGGGGCACCUGCCGGGAUGGGAAUGGUUUCUCCUGCACCUGCCCCCCUGGGUACACAGGCAACUGCAGCGCCCCAGUCAGCAGGUGUGAGCAUGCACCCUGCCACAAUGGGGCCACCUGCCACGACAGGGACCGCCGCUACCUGUGCGAGUGCGCGCGGGGCUACGGGGGCCAAUGCCAGUUCCUGCUCCCCGCGCCGCCGGGCCGCGUGCUGGUGGACCUCAGUGAGAAGUACGUGGAUGGCCCGGCUGGGCCGCCUGCCCUGGCCGCCGUGUGCGCGGGCGUGGUCCUCGUCCUUGUGCUGCUGCUGGGCUGUGCCGCUCUGGGCGUCUGCGUGCGGCUGCGGCUGCACAAGGCCCGGCCCCCCGCCGAGCGCCGAGGUGAGACGGAGACCAUGAACAACCUGGCCAACUGCCAGCGCGAGAAGGACACCUGUGUCAGCGUCGUUGCCACGCACGUCAAGAACACCAACAAGAAGGUGGACUUCCAUGGGGAUCACGGCGCCAGCAAGAAUGGCCUCAAGACCCGCUACCCGGGCAUGGACUGUAACCUGGUGCACGGGCUCAAGGGCGACACCACCGUCAGCGAGCGGGCGACCAAGUGCCAGCUGCAGGGCUCCGCAGGGGAGGAGAAUGGCACCCCGACACUCAGGGGGAGAGAAGCCUCAGAAAGAAAAAGGCCGGACUCCGCGUACUCCCCUUCAAAAGACACCAAGUACCAGUCGGUGUACGUCAUAUCAGAGGACAGGGACGAGUGCGUCAUCGCAACUGAGGUGUAGAGUGGAAGUGAUAAGGCAAAAUUCCCGUUUCUCUUAAAUAAAAUUCCAAGGAUAUAUGCCCCAACGAAUGCUGCUGAAAGGAAGAGGGAGACCCUCACGGACUGCUGCUGAGGACCUGGGUCCCGCGCGAGCUGGUCUCUUCCCGGCUGGCCAGGGCCUGCCCACGAGCGGGCUGCGGGCUCGGCGGUGUUCGAGGGUGCCGGUGGCACAGCCUUUUGUGACGUCUCCAUUGCACUAUGGACAGUUGCUUUUAAAAAUAUAUAUUUAAAUGAAUGGACUUGAUUACUGCAUAAGAAGCAUGCACUGUCUGAAGUGUAUAUUUGGAUCUUAUGAGCCAGUCUUUCUUGAAUUAGAAUCACAAACACUGCCUUGAUCGUCCUUUUUGAUACUAAAAUGUUUUUUUUUCUAGGUGGAAAAAAUGUGUGUUAUUUUUUUGGACUUGUAAAAAUAUUUUUCAUGAUAUCUGUAAAGCUUGAGUAUUUUGUGAUGUUCAUUUUUUAUAAUUUAAAUUUUUGGUAAAUAUGUACAA